CGUAUGAAACUCGAAAAUACCCGAAAUUCUGAUCAGAAUAAAAAUACUGAUCUUGUUAUUUUUCUCUACAAAAUCACGAAGAAAAUAAACCGAUUGACUAAUUUAAUAAUUAAAAUAUCCAUAAAUAAAUCAAUAACUCUAUUGAUUUAUUCUUAACGCAUUCAUUAGUUUUCUGUUUAAAAAAAAAAAAAAAAUAAAAAAACAAUAUUUUGACAGACGUGAUGGCUGUUGCUUUUAGUGAAUCGAAAAAUCACAGUGAUCGUGAAAGAUGGGUAUGCAUUUAUCCACUUUACAUAAACAGUAAAAAGUCUCGAGCAGAAGGCCGUAAAUUAACUAAAUCGAAGUGCGUUGAGAAUCCAACUCACCAGGAGAUUCGUGACGUAUUGUUGGCAGCCGGUUUGAAAGUUGGUGUGGAAAACAAAUUACAUCCCAAGGAACGUAGCAAAGAAUUGUUGUAUCGUGGACGUAUACGAGUGCAAUUGAAAAAUGAUGAUGGGACUCCAGUUAAUUCAGAUUAUCCUACUCGUGAUUCUCUGCUGAAUUAUAUAGGAUCAAGUAUUCCGAAUUUAAAAACACGUCAAGGUAAACAGAGCUCUAGUGAACCUCAGCAGUCUUCUGCGACAGCUAAAAAAGGCAAAGGAAAAGGACGUAGAUAAACUUAGAUGACUUAUUAGAUUUUAUAAAAUAAAUAUGUCUGUUAAAUUAAUUAUUUAAAUGACAAGUUAUGAUUUCUGAUUUUUUACUGUAAUUUUUUUUUCAUUCAUGCAAUUUGUACGAGAGUUAAUUAUAAAUUUAUAUUUAUAUAUAUCAUAUAAUUAAA